CCGGCCCGGGGCGGCGGCGGCGGCCGGCGGCGGAGCGGCGCCGCCUCAGUGGCUCGGCUGCUCCCGCGCGCUACCCGGCUCUCCGGCUCUCCCCACCUUUUAUCGUCAGGUCUCGUCCCCCUAAACAGACGCCAAAAUGUCCGACAGCGAGGAAUACAGCUCGGAGGAGGAGUCCGAGGAGGAGGACGAGGAGCAGGCCCAGAGGGCAGCUGAGGCACGUAGGCGCUUACAGGCAGCCGAGAAACAGAAGCGGGCAGAGGUCGACCGAAAGAAGGCCGAGGUCCGCAAACGCCUGGAGGAGACCGCCGCCGGCAAGAAGGCCAAGAAGGGGUUCAUGACACCGGAGAGAAAGAAGAAACUGCGGCUACUUCUGAGGAAAAAGGCUGCUGAGGAGCUGAAAAAGGAACAGGAGAUCAAGGCCGAGGAGCGGCGGCGCAUCAUCAUCGAGAGGUGCGGCCAGAAAAAGAACCUGGACGACGCCAAUGAAGCUGUGGUCACCCAGGUGUGCCAGGCGUACCAGCAGCGUAUCGAGGCGCUCGAGAGCAAGAAGUGGGAUCUCGAGCAGGAGGUGGCGGAGAAGGAUCACCAGAUCAACGAGCUGAACAUUUCCGUCAACGACCUCCGGGGAAAAUUCAUCAAGCCCACACUGAAGAAGGUGUCCAAAUACGAGAACAAGUUCGCCAAGCUCCAGAAGAAGGCGGCUGAGUUCAACUUCCGCAACCAGUUGAAGCAGGUCAAGAAGAAGGAGUUCACCCUCGACGACGACGAAAAGGACGCCGGUAAGCCCGAGUGGGCUCCGAAACACGACGAGGAAGGAGGCGAGGGCGGCGAAGGAGGAGAGGGAGAAGGGGGUGCCGAAAAGAAGGAAGGCGAGGAGGGCGCUGCGGAGUCGGCCCCUGCCGAAGCAGCGCCGGCCGCCGAGACCAGUGCCACCGACGGCGCCGCCCCGGCCGACGCGGCGCCCGCCGCCGACGCCCCGCCGGCAGACGCGCCCGCCGCCGACGCCGCGCCCGCUGAGGCGCCCGCGGAGGGGGCUCCGGCGGAGGCGGCGCCCGCGGAGGCAGCUCCCGCGGAGGAAGCCCCAGCAGAGUCGGCCCCAGCGGAGGCGGCUCCAGCGGAGGCGGCGCCCGCCGAAGCGCCAGCUCCCGCCGCUGAAUAAACCCGCCAUCCGAGCUAUAUCCAGCCUAUCUUCGAAACACCCGCCUAUAUUCUUUCACUUCGCUUCUCUUCCGCUUACUGCUGCAUUAAUAUUCUAUUUGUUUCAUUGCUAUACGCCUUCUAAAGUUCUCACUUAUAAGUAUCGAAUUUUUAGUUGUAGCGACCGCUCGAGUCUGUCCUUGGUUGCUCUUUAUCCACUUACACGCCUGUCUAUCCCCGCUGCGCUGGACUGGAGCAGAUGUAUCUAUCUCCGCUGCGCUGUUCUCUAUUUUCUCGUCUGUCUGUCUGUGAACUGUGCCAGAUGACUUGUGUUAGACGGACGCGAGCCGAUCGCUCGUCCGUCGUCUCGUCGACUCCACGCAAACGGCCGCCCGCGCCGGGCCGCUCUCAGAACGAAAUUGAUUCAUUUGUAUUGAAUCGCUGCAGUGAGUUGACAAUAAAUAUACGUAUUGUAA